AUGGGUUCCCUUGGACCGUACCAGCGCAAGCACAAGGUUACUGUGGUCGGCUCGGGAAAUUGGGGAUGCGCAAUUGCCAAAAUCGUCGCGGAGAAUGCCGCCAGCAACCCUGCGAUCUUCGAGGAGAAGGUAGAGAUGUGGGUUUUUGAGGAGAAGGUUGAGAUCGCGAAAUCGUCUCGGCACUAUGAUCCCUCUUCGCCACUCUGCCAAGGCCCGCAGAACUUGACGGAGGUGAUUAACCAAACUCACGAGAAUAUCAAAUAUUUGCCAGGAAUCAGUCUUCCCCCCAACUUGCAUGCUAAUCCCUCGUUGGUGGACGCAGUCAAGGACAGUACUAUCCUGGUCUUUAACCUCCCUCACCAGUUCAUCAUCAAGACCUGCGAGCAGAUCAAGGGUAAGAUCCUGCCGUAUGCGCGGGGAAUCUCCUGCAUCAAGGGUGUCGAUGUGAAUGAGGAGGGUAUUCAUCUUUUCUCUGAGACAAUUGGCAAAAUCUUGGGUAUUUACUGCGGUGCCUUGUCUGGCGCAAACAUCGCGAGCGAGGUUGCCCUAGAAAAAUGGUCCGAGUCAAGCAUUGCCUAUGAUCCUCCGCACAUGGAUUCCAAGGCCCCGUCUCCCAAUCGCUCUCCUUCCGAGUCGACUGAGAACCUCGUUCAGUUCGAACACAAGGAUGUUUCGGGUCAACUUUCGAGAGUGAAGCUGCAAGCGUUGCCGUCUGAUUACCCCCCUGUUGACCACGCCGUCCUGAAGUCGCUUUUCCAUCGCCCGUACUUCCAUAUCCGUGUGGUGAGUGAUGUUGCUGGCGUUUCCCUAGGAGGCGCCCUCAAGAACGUCGUCGCUCUCGCUGCCGGCUGGGUUGAUGGCAUGGGGUGGGGUGACAACGCCAAGGCUGCUAUCAUGCGAGUUGGCCUCCUGGAGAUGGUCAAAUUCGGUGAAAAGUUCUUCGGGGCCACUAUUAAUACUCGAACAUUCACCGAGGAGAGUGCAGGCGUCGCCGACCUGAUCACCAGCUGCAGUGGUGGCCGUAACUUCCGAUGCGCCAAGCUCAGCGUCGAGAGAAAACAGCCCAUCGAGAAAGUCGAGGAGACCGAACUCAAUGGCCAAAAGCUUCAGGGCACCUUGACUGCGGUUGAAGUGAACAACUUCCUGAAGAAGCAAGGCCUUGAGGACGAGUUCCCCUUGCUUACUGCUGUCUACCGUGUUCUCGAGGGCACUAUGUCUGUUGAGGAUAUUCCUUCAUACAUUGAGCGGUAA